AUAGCCGAGAAUUCUCUUCGAUUUGUUCAAUAAUUUAAUGAAAUGUGUAUUUUAUUAUGAAGAUCUUACAAUGUUAAGAUAAUAUGGGCCUUUUGUGUCAUUCUUGUGGAUCGGCGCACUAUUUAUGUGUGUCUAGACACGAGAAAUUACUUGUAGAAUGAUAACGAGCUAUAAUUAAGUGGCCCCAUUUUAAUUCAGCAUGGGUAACCAAAGCAGUUGUUGUUGUUACCGCAGUCCUUCGCCGAUCAGAAAGGAUAUCGUUAAGCUCGAGGACUACCUCCCUGAAGGAGAGGUGAGUUCCAACAACAUCCAACAUAUAAGCGAAAGAGAACCUGACGAUGGCGACAUUGAUCCUUCACAGGAUCCUAUUGCUGGUACAAUAUUCAUGGAAAGGUCAAAGGCCUCACUCGAAAAUGGUAUGACCCGAAAGCGAAGUCAACAUCAAAUCGCCGACAAUAAGCUAAAGAAAAGCAGUUCCUGUUCUACUAUUUAUUUAGACGAUAGUACAGUGUCUCAACCCAACUUGAAAAAUACAGUAAAAUGUGUGGCACUUGCUAUUUAUUACCACAUCAAGAAUAGAACAUCUGAACGCAGGUUAGACAUUUUUGAUGAGAAGCUCCACCCACUAAGUAAGGAAGGGCUCAGUGAAGAUUAUGACAAGUAUAACCCUGAGCACAAACAAAUAUAUAAAUUUGUGAGAACUUUAUUCAAUGCUGCCCAACUAACUGCAGAAUGCGCUAUCAUAACUUUGGUGUACUUGGAGCGACUCCUCAUUUGUGCUGAACUGGACAUAGCCCCUUCAAAUUGGAAAAGAAUUGUUUUAGGAGCAAUUUUAUUGGCAAGUAAGGUUUGGGAUGACCAAGCUGUCUGGAAUGUAGACUACUGCCAAAUUUUAAAAGACAUCACAGUAGAAGACAUGAAUGAGUUAGAGAGGCAAUUCUUAGAAAUGUUACAAUUUAACAUUAAUGUACCAUCUAGUGUUUAUGCUAAAUAUUACUUUGAUUUGCGCACACUUGCUGAAGCCAAUGAUCUAGCAUUCCCCAGUGAGCCUUUGAGUAAAGAGAGAGCCCAAAAGCUGGAGGCCAUGUCUCGGGUAAUGGAAGACAAAAUAGCUGCUGAAGUUGUUAAGAAUGGCAUUAAGAAGUGGUCAAGUUUAGACAAUGUCAAUUCUGGUGCUGGGGUGAGACGUAGUGUGGCCAUAUUGUCUUAAUUUAUUAGUCAUGAGCCAAAAUUUGGAUCCAAAUUGCAAUCACAAAUUACUUGAUAACAUUUGUGUAUUUUCUAAGGGUAUAUUGUAUUUAGAAUUUUUGCACCAGAUUGCUAAACUUAUUUUAAUAAUUGGUUCAGUACUUCAACAUCUGCUGAAAAAUGAACUGCCAAUAUUCUCCAAGAUCUGUUAUGUAUCCUGUAGCUGUUAUAAUACACCAUAAUUAACUUGAGAAUAAGUUUACUAUACUUUAACUGGAAGCUUUCAAGGCAAAGACCUUCAUGUUAUUAAUUAAAAGUGCACAAACUUAUUUUAGGGCAAUGGUUUUAUAGUCACUGAAAAUGAAAUUAAAGACUUGUAUGUGGUCCAAUAUUAUUUUAAUAUUUCUACAAUGCUGAUUUGCUACUUAAUUCUUACAAAUAUUUUGUUAUUAUAUUUUAUUGGCUUCCAUACUAUGUUAGAUUAACUCCUUAGAAGCACUAAUAUUAUAGACUGCUUCCAAAACUAAGCUGCUUAGUAUAUAAUUAGACAACUAGGAUGUGCAAAUGCAUUUUGACUGAAAUAAGGAUCUUGUGAUUGUGGUAUAAAUGUAUUAGUCAUCAGUUUUACUUUAUAGUUUUAUAUUCAUAUGCAUUUAGAUUUCAGAGCUAGUUUAUGAACUUAUGCCAAAUUGUUAUUUUGUAUAUCAAAUUAUAUUAGUAUGAAAAUCAAUCAUUUUCAUACUAAAGACCCAUUUACACUAAUUUAUGAAUGAAUGAUAAAU